GGAGACUCGGGGGCCAUUUUGUGAAGAGACGAAGGCAGAGCGGUUGCGGCCGCGUUGCUGACCUCGAGCAGUAGUCGGCUUCUCCACGUAGAACCCGGGAGUAGGAGAUUCAGAAUCGAAUCUCUUCUCCCUUUUCCCACCAGGUUAUAAAUCACUUGAAAUAUAUUUAAGUUAGUGGAAUUUUCCUUGAGGGCAGCAAGGCGAACCCCAUCCCUACUCACUGGAGCUCAGCUUUGAUUUUUAACCUCCCUUCCCCACCCUUCCAGAACACACACAUUCCCAUUCCAAAACUGAUUUUAUAAAGAGCAUUUUAAACAUAAUGAUGCAACUUGGUGUGCACUACAGCAAAUUUACAGUGAGAUUUUUUUGAUCUUCAGCUACAAAAGCCAUCUUCCUCCUGUUCCCCUUGAAAUCCCAUCCUGCUUUUCCUGUACACUACCCCUCACAAACCACAAGCUGCAGCAACAUGGAUGCCCAGCCUGGAGCAACGGCAGCCAGGAUGACCUGGAGCCAGGGGGGCCUUCGGAACAGAUGCACACCCUUCCUGGGUGAUGUUUUGGCUUUGUGAGGAACCUUAAUCAAAGACAAUGGCCAGCAAUGUUACCAACAAGACGGAUCCUCGCUCCAUGAAUUCCCGUGUAUUCAUUGGGAAUCUCAAUACUCUUGUGGUGAAGAAAUCUGAUGUGGAGGCUAUCUUCUCAAAGUAUGGCAAAAUUGUGGGUUGCUCUGUUCAUAAGGGCUUUGCCUUCGUUCAAUAUGUUAAUGAGAGAAAUGCCCGGGCUGCGGUGGCAGGAGAAGAUGGCAGAAUGAUUGCUGGCCAGGUUUUAGAUAUUAAUCUGGCUGCAGAGCCAAAAGUGAACCGAGGAAAAGCAGGUGUGAAACGAUCUGCAGCGGAGAUGUACGGGUCAGUACCAGAACACCCUUCUCCGUCCCCUCUACUCAGCUCCUCUUUUGAUUUGGACUAUGACUUUCAACGGGAUUAUUAUGACAGGAAUUCUGUCUUCUUCUUAUCCAAUAGGAUGUACAGUUACCCAGCACGUGUUCCUCCUCCUCCUCCUAUUGCUCGGGCUGUAGUGCCCUCAAAACGCCAGCGUGUAUCAGGAAACACAUCACGAAGGGGCAAAAGUGGCUUCAAUUCUAAGAGUGGACAACGAGGAUCUUCUUCCAAGUCUGCAAAGUUGAAAGGAGAUGACCUUCAGGCCAUUAAGAAGGAAUUGACCCAGAUAAAACAAAAAGUGGAUUAUCUACUGGAAAGCCUGGAAAAAAUUGAAAAGGAACAGAGCAAACAAGCAGACUUGUCCUUCUCAUCCCCAGUAGAGAUGAAGAAUGAUAAGACAGAAGAGGAGCAGACCACCAGCUCCCUGAAGAAAGAUGAGACUAAUGUGAAGAUGGAGUCCGAGGGGGGUGCUGAGGAUUCUGCUGAGGAGGGGGACCUACUGGAUGAUGAUGAUAAUGAAGAUCGGGGGGAUGACCAGCUGGAGUUGAUCAAGGAUGAUGAAAAAGAGGCUGAGGAAGGAGAGGAUGACAGAGACAGCGCCAAUGGCGAGGAUGACUCUUAAGCACAUAGUGGGGUUUAGAAAUGUUGUCCCAUUAUUUCUUUAUCUAGGCGCUUGUCUGAGAUCAAAAUUUUCACCAGAUCCUCUCCCUAGUACCUUCAGCACAUGCUCACUGUUCUCCCCAUCUCGUCCCUCCCAUGUUCAUUAAUUCAUAUUGCCCUGCGCCUAGUCCCAUUUUCACUUCCCUUUGAUGCUCCUAGUAGUUAUGUUAAGUCUUAACCCUGUAAUUUUUGCUUUUAAUUUUGAUACCUCUUUAUGACUUAACAAUAAAAGGAUGUAUGGUUUUUAUCAACUGUCUCCAAAAUAAUCUCUUGUUAUGCAGGGAGCACAGUUCUUUUCAUUCAUAUAUGAGUUCAGUAGUUGCUUCCCUAACUGCAAAGGCAAUCGCAUUAGUUGAGUAGCACCUGAGAGCAGCUUUGAGUUAGAGGUAUGUGUUUUAUACCCCAUAUAAGAGUGCUAUGUGGGGCUGUUCAACACAAAUGUAACAAUGUAUUUUUGUGAAUGAGAGUUGGCAUGUCAAAUGCAUCCUCUAGGUAAAUAAUUAGUGUAAUAGUUUUAAGAUUUGUUUUCUAAAGUUGAUACUGUGGGUUAUUUUUGUGAACAGCCUGAUGUUUGGGACCUUUUUUUCUCAAAAUAAACACGUCCUUAUUAAACCAGGAA